AGAGGAAGAAGCAGGCUCAUAGCGGAGGAGUGAUGUGGGGCUCGAUCCCAUAACGCCGGGAUCACGCCCUGAGCGAAGGCAGACGCUUAACCGCUGUGCCACCCAGGCGCCCCUCCAUGUUAUGUUUUAUCUCUUUAACAGUUGGAAACUAUAAAGGGUUUCUAAACUGUGUGUGUAUGGGGACAGGGGUGGGUUAAAGGAUGGUCACCUAAUAAAAUUGCCAUGUAAAGAAUACACAGUGCAGUGUUGAGAACAAGAUGUAUGGGGCAAGACAUGUUUAUUGGAGUAGCCCAUUGAGAAAUGAAUUACAACAAAGUGGAGGGCGGUAGUGAAUGGAUUCUGUGUUUCCUGUCUCACUGGCCACUCAGUAAUCAGUAUCCUUUGCUGGGUAAUCCACGCUUCAGUUGUGAGACGUUGAUCUCUAGCUACAAUCUUCCCUAGGUGAUCUCAUCUAAUUCCAGGACUUUGAAUACAGUCACUCUCUGUCACUCCUAAAUACUCCUAGGUCUCAGACUCCCCAAAACUCCAGUCCUAGUCAGAUUUGAAUGUCUUGAGUGUUCCAAAUUAAUCUCUUAAUUAACCUGCAUUCAUCCAUCCAUUUGCUUAGGGCAAAUACUUCGGCUCUCAUUUUUUUUUUCCCUUUCAUAUGCUGUAUCUAGUCCUUAAGCAACCUGCAUGGUUCUACCUUGAAAAUACGUCGUGAGUCAUCUCGCACUUCCAACCACCACUACACUGGCUUAGAGCCAGGUAACUACCGUAGCUUACGAUGGCUGGCUGCUGCUACUCUUGUCCUUCUGCAGCGAUUUUUGCACAGCAGCCAAGAAAGCCUUUUCUGAGGGCAAGUCAGAUUUUGUCACUUCCUAAUUGCCCAUACUCCACUGGUUUUCCCAUCACACCUAGAAUUCUGAAGUUUGGCCCAUGUGCGUUCAUUAUUUGGCCUAAUUUCCUGCCAUUUUGUUCUUGCUCAUUGUAGUCUGGCUACAUUGGCUGCUUUGCCACCUUGCCAACAUUUUUCCCAUCUAGAAAUCUAUAUGUUAUAUCUUCAGUGUGGGAAGGCUUUUCACUUAAGUAUUCUUAAUGCUCAUUAUUUCUAAAUUCGGGUAUUUGCUCCAGUGUUAUUACCUCAGGCCUUCCAUGGCCAUCACUAAAACAUAUCCUUUGUCACUAUCUACUUAAUACUUCUUUCUUAAUAGCACUUAAAACUUAGAAUUAUGCAAACUUCAUGAGUGAUAGGAACAUUUUGGUCACUUGAUUCGUUGUGUCUGGCAUGUUGACAUUUUUGUUGAGUGAAUUAGAAAAUGGUAGAUAUUGGACUAAAUGGGUGGUGGUUGAUUACAUUAGAAUUGGAAGUGUCUUGAUUUGGGGAAGGAGUUAAGUGGGGAAGGGAAGAUAAGUUCGGCAUCAGACAUUUUGAAUUUGAGGUAUCCGAAAAACGACAAGCAAGCAACUGGGAUUUGUUAACUUGAAGGUCAACGAUCUGGCCCAAAGACAAGAAUGUAUAAGAAUAUAUGUGUGGUUCUUGUACAUGGGCGAAUUUCGCCUGGGAGCUGGUGGGGGUGGGGGGUGGAGGAAGAAAGGAGGUGAAGUAAUUUUGCAAGAGCAGAGCCCCAGAGCUGGUGUUUCAGAAGAGCUCCGUCAUCUGAUGGCCAGAUAAGGCCUAUAGGGAGCUUACAAAGUACCCAUACUGGUGGGCAGAAACCAUACUGAAUUCUCGAUGGUUCUACAGGAUUUCUGCAGGUGUGGAGGGUCAAGUGAGAUGAAUCAAAUAGGCCUGCUGGUCGAGUUUUCUCAUUUUGUCACAUUAAAGUGGGAAGUUAUUUAAUAAAAGAAUCCGUAAAAUUACGCACGGAUCCCUGGACUCUCGUUAAACUAAGCUAACACAACCCUGGACCACUUACAUGUGCUGCCUCGGACCCAUCUGGGAACCCGGGCUCGUCCCAGCACAGUGUCAGGAACUGGGGGGCGGACACCUGUAUGCUCAUUUUGCCCUCGGAAGCCAGGGUAUUUUGAAUCGGAUGUGAGGCAAAUCGCAACCGGCAUCACAGCUGCCGCGAGCAGAGGCUGAAUCCCAAGGCCGCGCCAGGUAUUUAGGCUACAGCUCCGCCUCCCGGGCCUGUGACGUCAUCACACGGAGACCUGGUUGAGGAAGGACCCCCCGUGCCGUUAGUGCGCUUGCGUACACGCCUCUUGCUAGGGCCUGAGCGGGACGCGCGUCGCGGAGUGAGGCCAACUCUGAGAGCGCGCGGCCAGGCAUCCGCUAGGGGCAGCCCGCCGCUCCCUCCUGGCUGCUGGAGUAAUUCGGUUCCCCCACGUGCUUCCGCUUGGCUGCUGGCUGGGAUCUGCUGGGCUCGGGCCGCAGGUACCCAACACGGGAUGGCUUGGGGUGGGUGUCGAGGUCGGUGUCCAUUUAUUCUUGGGCCCAGAGGUGACCGGAUCGAGGAUGAAGUCUCUGCAUCCAUGCCGAUGCCCGGCCCUUGCCGACUGCCUUCCCGCACGGGCGCUCCUAGGUGAUAGAUUCUUCUUCCCCGAUUAGCGGCCACCCUCGGCGUUCUUCUCGAGCGCUCUCGGGGGGGUUGCGUGGCUCGAUCUCCACCUUCUAGGGACCUCUUGUUAGGGGUUGGAGUGAGGGGGUGGGUGACAACACUUUGGCUUUCCGCGGAGCUUACCCACAGUUCUCGGUAUUGGCGCUGGGCAUUAAACUGAGGCGCUGGGCAUCAAACCAAGUCUAAAUCUUCCCACGCUUUGAACUGUUUGUCUCAGCUCCUUCUUUUAUAGUCUUUGUUCAGCAAUCACAUCCAGGACUUUGUUUUGUUAAUGCCCCUAGAAUGGUGACUGGCACAUAGAUGCUGUUUUGUUAGACCAGUAGAUGAGUGAAUGAAGACAAGUCCUCUUUCUCUUCUCUCAGGUCCCUGUUCAUCAAGUCUUCCGUGGCACCUCCAGCCCAGAGUAAUCUCAAACCUUCAUUCAGACCACUGGCUGUACUAUUAUUUUUAUAUCUAAUUUUGUCUGUCUUCAGACAGCGCCCCUUAUCUGUUUCACUUGAAUAUUUUCUCCAAGGAGAAUGGGAGCUCCUUGAAGUCAAGGCUUUAUCUGGUAUUGCUUCUGGGGCUCCCACAGUAACUAGGGCAAAACACAGUCUCUAAUAAUUAGUUACUGAUUGAUCAAUGUGUGGUUGGUUUGUGGCAGCAAUCAGCCGACAAGCUGGGCAGAUUUGUGAGCUGUAAAGAGCUUAGGCUUUGGAGUCAGGCAGACUUGAGUGUGAAUCCUAUCUUUGUCACUUUUCUUCCUUGAGAUACUUGAAUUCUUUAUACUUGCUCCUUUUCUUAUGAAAAAGGAGCCAUUUAUUUUAACAAAAUGUUUGAUAUUAAGAUAGAACUGCUAAAACCCAUAUUUGGAUUGGAGAUUAGAAGCAUGGUUACAGCACAGUUAAGGCAAUUAAUGAACUUCAUGUUUAGAAUGCAGGAGGCCCUGGACUUUCUAGGUAACCUGUCAUUCUUAGUCUUAUGUUGUAGUAAUAUAAUUGAUAGUCCUGAUGUUUUUUUGGUGUAUUUAUUCUGGUAGUGAUGCAAUAUUGUAUCAUAUAUAGUCACAGUAACUUUUACGGUCUAUACAGGCUUCAGUAUGGUUUUCCCUCCCUCGAGGAGACAAUUGGGACACAUUUCAUCACAGUAAUAUUCAUUGAUUUCCUUUCCCUGACUUUAUUAGUAAUGCAUAUGAUUUAAAAAAAAAAACAACAGAACACCAAAUAACAAAAAAACAAAAUAAGAACGAUCUGCAGUCUCACCAUUCAGAAAUCAUUACAUUUUGGUGUUUUCUUCCAGGUUUGUUUUCCCUAUAUGUUAUGUACAUGCAUAAAAAAAAAGGUAUCGUGCUUUAUCCCGUGAUGUCUGUCUUCUCAUAAGUAUCUACAUUCAUAUCCUUAGAUAAUUUCUGAAAGUUAUUUUGAAAAAGUUUUCUUGAAAACUGCCUUAUUCUAUAAAUAUGCCAUCAUAUAUUUUAAUCAUUCUGUUUUUUGGAAAAUUGUUUUCAGUUUUGAAAAAAAACUCCUUGAUAGGAGUGUGAAUUAUAGCUUCUCUUCUGACUUUCCUGCUGAGGAAAUAUAUUCUUCACCUCCCAAGCCUCGGUUUCCUAAUUUUAAAAAUGAAAUGGACAUGUUCCCUAGGGAACAGUUGGAGGGUUAAGUAAAAUGUUUCUUAAAAAUGCGCCUCUCACAGCCCCAGGCCCCACAGGAAGCCUCCAGCUAAUGUUCCUCACCUAGAAUCUGGUGUUCAUGUCCAGUUGCGUUUCCUUUCUCUCUGUUUCAGUGGUAAUCUUUCACCAUGCAUCGGAAGAAAGUAGAUAACCGAAUCCGGAUUCUCAUUGAAAAUGGAGUUGCUGAACGGCAAAGGUCUUUGUUUGUUGUAGUCGGAGACCGGGGGAAGGAUCAGGUGGUCAUACUUCAUCACAUGUUGUCCAAAGCAACUGUGAAGGCUCGGCCUUCAGUGCUGUGGUGUUACAAGAAAGAGCUGGGGUUUAGCAGUCACCGGAAGAAAAGGAUGCGACAGCUCCAGAAAAAAAUAAAGAAUGGGACGUUGAACAUAAAGCAAGAUGACCCCUUCGAACUGUUCGUGGCGGCCACAAACAUUCGCUACUGCUACUACAAUGAAACCCACAAGAUCCUGGGCAACACCUUCGGCAUGUGCGUCCUCCAGGAUUUUGAAGCUUUAACUCCAAACUUGCUGGCCAGAACUGUGGAAACAGUGGAAGGUGGUGGGUUGGUGGUCAUCCUCCUGCGGACCAUGAAUUCGCUGAAGCAGUUGUACACGAUGACCAUGGACGUGCAUUCAAGAUACAGGACCGAGGCCCAUCAGGAUGUGGUGGGAAGAUUUAAUGAGAGAUUUAUUCUCUCUCUGGCCUCUUGUAAGAAGUGUCUCGUCAUCGAUGACCAGCUCAGCAUCCUGCCUGUCUCUUCACACGCUGCCAGCAUUGAGGCCCUACCUCCCCAGACCCCGGAUGAGAGUCUUGGUCCUUCUGACCUGGAGCUGAAGGAGUUGAAGGAGAGCUUGCAGGACACUCAGCCUGUGGGCGUGUUGGUGGAUUGCUGCAAGACCCUAGACCAGGCCAAAGCUGUCUUAAAGUUCAUCGAAGGCAUCUCGGAAAAGACCCUGAGGAGUACUGUUGCGCUCACGGCUGCCCGAGGAAGGGGGAAGUCUGCAGCUCUGGGAUUGGCUAUUGCUGGGGCAGUAGCUUUUGGGUACUCCAAUAUCUUUGUUACCUCCCCAAGCCCUGAUAACCUCCACACUCUGUUUGAAUUUGUCUUUAAAGGAUUUGACGCUCUGCAAUACCAGGAGCAUCUGGAUUAUGAGAUCAUUCAGUCUCUCAAUCCUGAAUUUAACAAAGCAGUGAUAAGAGUGAACGUAUUCCGAGAACACAGGCAGACCAUUCAGUAUAUACAUCCUGCAGAUGCUGUGAAACUGGGUCAGGCCGAGCUCGUUGUGAUUGAUGAAGCCGCUGCCAUCCCCCUGCCCCUGGUGAAAAGCCUCCUGGGCCCCUACCUUGUGUUCAUGGCAUCCACCAUCAACGGCUACGAGGGCACCGGCCGGUCCCUGUCCCUCAAGCUGAUCCAGCAGCUCCGUCAGCAGAGCGCCCAGAGCCAGAUCAGCACCACCGCUGAGAACAAGGCCACAGCGACAGCCAGACUGGCCUCAGCGCGAACACUGCAUGAGGUCUCCCUGCAGGAGUCCAUCCGAUAUGCCCCCGGGGACGCGGUGGAGAAGUGGCUGAACGACCUGCUGUGCCUGGAUUGCCUCAACAUCACCCGGAUAGUCUCCGGCUGCCCCCUCCCCGAGGCCUGCGAGCUCUACUACGUUAACAGAGAUACCCUCUUCUGCUAUCACAAGGCCUCGGAAGUUUUCCUGCAAAGGCUUAUGGCCCUCUAUGUGGCUUCUCACUACAAGAACUCUCCCAAUGAUCUCCAGAUGCUUUCUGAUGCGCCUGCUCACCUUCUCUUCUGCCUCCUGCCCCCGGUGCCCCCCACCCAGAAUGCCCUGCCCGAAGUGCUUGCGGUCAUCCAGGUGUGCCUUGAGGGGGAGAUUUCUCGCCAGUCCAUCUUGAACAGCCUGUCUCGAGGCAAGAAGGCUUCAGGGGACCUGAUUCCGUGGACGGUGUCCGAACAGUUCCAAGACCCAGACUUCGGCGGCCUUUCAGGUGGAAGGGUUGUUCGCAUUGCUGUUCACCCGGAUUAUCAAGGGAUGGGCUACGGCAGCCGAGCCCUGCAGCUGCUGCAGAUGUACUUUGAAGGCAGAUUCCCUUGUCUUGAGGAAAAGGUCCUUGAGACGUCACAAGAAAUUCACACGGUCAGCAGCGAGGCCGUCAGCUUGUUGGAAGAGGUCAUCACUCCUCGGAAGGACCUGCCUCCCUUACUCCUCAAACUGAACGAGAGGCCUGCCGAGCGCUUGGAUUACCUGGGCGUGUCCUAUGGCUUGACCCCCAGGCUCCUCAAGUUCUGGAAACGAGCUGGGUUUGUUCCUGUUUAUCUGAGACAGACCCCGAAUGACCUGACUGGGGAACACUCGUGCAUCAUGCUGAAGACACUGACUGACGAGGAGGAGGCUGACCGGGGAGCCUGGCUCCCAGCCUUUUGGAAAGACUUCCGAAGGCGGUUCCUAGCCCUGCUGUCCUACCAGUUCAGCACCUUUGCUCCUCCCCUGGCUCUGAACAUCAUUCAGAACAAGAACAUUGGGAAGCCAGCACAGCCGGCGCUUAGCCGGGAGGAACUGGAAGCCCUCUUCCUCUCCUAUGACCUGAAGAGGCUGGAGAUGUACUCACGGAACAUGGUGGACUAUCACCUCAUCAUGGACCUGAUCCCGGCCAUCUCCCGGAUGUAUUUCCUCAACCAGCUGGGGGACCUGUCCCUGUCCGCUGCCCAGUCAGCUCUUCUCUUGGGAAUUGGCCUACAGCAUAAGUCUGUGGACCAGCUGGAAAAGGAGAUCGAGCUGCCCGCAGGCCAGUUGAUGGGACUUUUCAACCGGAUUAUCCGCAAAGUUGUGAAGCUGUUCGGUGAGGUGCAGGAACGGGCCAUCGAGGAGCAGAUGGUGGCCGUGAAGGACGUGGUUAUGGAGCCCACUCUGAAGACCCUCAGCGACGACCUGGAUGAGGCAGCGAAGGAAUUCCAGGAGAAACACAGGAAAGACGUGGGGAAGCUGAAGAACAUGGACCUCUCUCAAUAUGUAAUCCGUGGGGAUGAUGAAGAAUGGAAUGAAGUUUUGAACAAAGCGGGGCAGAAUGCCUCCGUCGUCAGCCUGAAGAGUGACAAGAAGAGGAAGCUGGAAGCCAAACAAGAACCCAAACAGAACAAAAAGUUGAAGAAAAACAGAGACAUGAAGAACAAAAAAGAUAUGAAACUGAAGCGGAAGAAAUAGCGAGGAGGAGUGGGCACGAGUGGCUGGCGCGUAAGGAGAGCCCCUGAUUUCCUGAGCUGCCUCUGGCUGGGCCGGGCGGCCACCUGGAUUGUUAAAAGCAACAAGGGCCUGGCCCCGGACGCCGGCCAGGAAUUCAGUCUGCGGGCUGCACUUGGCUUAAGGCAACGUCCCUUCCUUGCUGGGCCACCUAGAACUCGAUGGUUGGGCGACCUCUGGCAUUGCCGGGGGCCUGUCUCCCCUCCCGCAGUCCAGGCCUUUUCCCCUGUAAGUUCCUGUGUUGCUCCGGGCCCAGUUGUGUUAGCUCCUGGUCACACGUGCAGAAGCUACACUGACUCUUUGUCCCUCCUCAGCCAUUAAACACACAGCUUUCUGGUGACACUCAGGAGGCUGCUGGUGGAGCCCUGGGCGCCUCAUCGUGGCCUCGUCCAGACACCCUGAGGCCUAGGGCAGCAGGAGCUCUGCUCCAACCACGUGGCUGUGGCAGGUCGCUGUCCUGCGCCCUGGGCUUUGCUCUGCCGCAAACCGUGCCACUCCUGGCUCCGCAGGCUUGCUGCCCUGUGUCCCAGAAAAGCCUGAGCUCUUAAGAUUAUGACCUCGAGCCCCCCAAAUCUGUUAUUUCAUUUAUUUGGGAAAAAAAUGUUGGAUAAGACCCUUUUGCUAGCAGGGGUGAGGGAGAGCUAGAGAAUCUAUUUUUAAUAAAUAACGCGCUAGAAAGA